AAUUAUGGAUAUAAGAUAGAUUAAUGUGACAUGAUCUAGGUGAAUAUAUUUACUCAGUUCUCAUGUUAGAAACUUUUUUAUUGCUUCACCCAAUUGCAGAAAGUGGGCUCCAUUCCCCGACCACUGCUCUCACUGACUCUAUAAAACCAUCGUCUCUCUUCACACACCAGAAACUCCAUCAGAACUUAUAAAGCUGUUUGACAAAAAAAAAAAAAAAACUUGCAUAUUUUCUCUUGACCUACAUUUAUUUUCCUCAAGUAAUUAAAAAGCCCUAACUUUCUUCCCAAGUCAACUCCAAAAUGCAGCCGCAAACAGACGUUUUUAACCUUCAUAACUACCUAAACUCUUCCAUACCAUCUCCCUAUCCUUCGAGUGUCACGAUAUCUACGCCAUUUCCAUCCAACUGUCAAAACUCGAACCCCCUCUAUGGAUUCCAAAUCUCUACAAACAAUCCACAAUCCAUGAGCUUAAGCAGCAACAACUCGACCUCAGACGAAGCAGAAGAGCACCAGACGAACAACAACAUAAUCAACGAGCGUAAGCAGAGAAGGAUGAUAUCAAACAGAGAAUCCGCAAGGAGAUCGCGUAUGAGGAAGCAGAGACACCUUGACGAGCUUUGGUCACAAGUGAUGUGGUUGAGGAUCGAGAAUCAUCAGUUGCUUGAUAAGCUUAACAAUCUCUCGGAGUCUUACGAAAAGGUUCUGCAAGAGAAUGCUCAGCUUAAAGAGGAAACAUCUGAGCUUAAGGAAGUGAUCAGUAAUAUGCAAAUUCAAAGCCCUUUCUCUUGCUUCAGGGACGAUAUAAUCCCCAUUGAAUAGAGCAUUUUCACACGAUUCAUUUA